GCACUCGACUCCAAUUUAAUAGCGGUCGCAUCCGGUUUAGUCCCGAAAUCUGGACCGGAUUUCACUUCUCCGCCGCCUUCCCCCCCUUGAUCUCUGUUUUGCGAUCGCGACUAGUUGUAUGCAUGUAAUAGCUUCGAUCUCUAAUUCCGAUUCUGCUUUCGAACUCUCUUCUUCUCUCUCUCUCUCUCUCUGAGACGCCAAGCAAAGUCAUUUUCUUUGUGGAUAUACAAAGAUGACAACAAUCGAAACAGGUCCAAAAACUCAAAAGCCAUCAUCUCCUACCACUACUCUCAAGCAACCAUCUUCUUCUUCAUCGUUUAAAAGGUGGGGAAGGAGACACCCUUUUGUUAGAUACGGACUUCCCAUGAUCUCUCUCACUGUUUUUGGAGCCCUUGGACUCAGCCAACUCCUCCAAGGCAGUAAGGACAUUGCAAAGGUAAAAGACGACCAGGAAUGGGAGAUUAUCGAGACGAGAAAGGCUCUUUCUAGAACUGGACCUGUCGAUGCUUACAAACCUAAAAACACUUCCAUCGAAGACGAACUCAAGGCUAUGCAAGGGAAGGUGGACAUAAACUCGUACGAAUACAAGAAAAUCCCAAAGCUAAACGAAGGCAAGUCGAGUUGAGUUGAAGUCUUUUCUUAGAUGUGUUUCUGUUUUAGCUUUUUUAAAGAACUCUUUACAUAAACUGUAUUAGUUUUGGCCUUUCUAAACCAUUAACAGAUGUGGGUUGAUAAUAAUACUUGUGUUCAUCUACAAUAUCUAAAUAACUAUUAGUUCUCUGCA